AGCUCCACAGUAAUCAAGGACAUUAAUCAGUACUGAUGUGUAGACGAUCUAGAGAGUUUAAUAGCUCCACACUUCUACCAACUACCUCAUCCUUUCACUGGCUGUGGCUGACCUGCUUGUAGGAGUUGUAGUCUUUCCUCUCACUAUGGAAUUCUCUAUAAGCUCAUGUCUGUACUAUGAUGACUUAUUUUGCAAAAUACGGGGCACAUUUGAUGUAUCAUUGUGUACAUCUUCUAUUCUGAACUUGUGUUGUAUUUCUAUAGACAGAUAUUAUGCAGUGUGUCAGCCUCUGACAUACAGAACUAAGAUAAAUGAUCAUGUUGUUGUGAUCAUGAUCUUAAUGAGCUGGGGGAUAGCUUUUCUAAUUGGAAUUGGUUUAAUAAUUGUAGGAAUAAACCAAGAACAAUGUACUGCAACAUGUUUCAUCGAUGUUGUACUGGCAACCCUAAUGGGACUUAUUUUCUCAUUUUACCUUCCAGUGCUUUUAAUGCUCUGUAUCUACCUGAAGAUUUUCCUUGUUGCACAGGGACAGGCACGCAGCAUCCAGAACACAAAGUCUGGAGCAACUGUCAGUAAGAUGGAGAGAAAGGCCACCAAAACUCUGGCUAUUGUGAUGGGAAUUUUUUUGAUAUGUUGGUUACCUUUCUUUCUUUUUACCACCAUUAUGUCGUUUAGCCAUGUUUACGUACCACUUGCUUUGAUUGAAUUACUUAAUUGGCUUGCACUGUCAAAUUCAAUGCUCAAUCCAUUUAUAUAUGCGUUCUUUUACAGCUGGUUCAGAUCAGCUUUCAGAAUUAUUAUUUCUGGAAAAAUAAUUCAAAGUGAUUUAACUAACUCAAAGCUGCUCUGAUUCACUGUUUGGUUAAUAUUCCAUAGAUGUGUCUAUAACUAUAAUGAAUAGCACAUUCACACACAAAUAUGUAUAUAUAGACAUGCAAUACUAUACACUUUGCUACAUCAGGGAGAAAAUGUAAAAACACAAUGAUGAAAACAUCUUUUGAGAGCCAAGGAUCUUACGACAUUAUUUUCAAUUUUUAAACAAUAAUGAAAAAAGUGAAUUGCUGCAUAUUAAUUACCAGUACAACAUUGCACACAAAAGAAGAAAAGAGAAGAAACUAAGUACUACCCAGUGACAUUCACUGGGUAGUGCUGGAUGAUUUCAGACUACAUGCAGGUUCAUAGUGAUAAUCAGUUCAAUUAUAUAAUUGGCAGUACUUUAAAAUUUAAUAACAUUUUAUCAUUUGAAAAAUGAACAGGUCGUCAGUCUAGUGUCUUGUUAAAAUCACUGGAGUUUUGAAAACUCUGUAACCUGUAUAAGCUAGUGAUCACACAGAGUUGCGAUGCUACCAAGGCACCCACCAAGAAAUUUGUAUGACAUCAUUAGCUACUGCUAUGCAUUUGCAACACUGUGGAGGGCAUUGAGAGAACUUAGUUUCUCCUCAUGUCUGUUUAAGUCAGCUGUCUGGUUGCCUGUGUUCAGUUAAGCUAACUUUACUUUAUUAAAUGCUAAUGUUACUUGUGUGAGA